AUGGGCAACCGAAGUGACGCUCCGUCGCCCGGUUUUCCGGGGCUUGCAUUAAGUGCAAACAAGCAGGGCUGGAGAAUGAGUGCUGAAGUCGUCAAGCGUUUGGAGAGCAGGGCACGGCAAGCAGAGGAUGUGAUUGGGUGGCUGAAGGAGCAGAUUGCCAGCCUACAGCCUGCAGCUCAGAAUGCAGAGUUGCAGAAACUACAGGAGGAGAACAGGCUACUCCAGAAAGAUGUGGAUCACUGGAUGAAAGCACUUGUGGAAGCUGAAGAAAGGAAUGGAGUGAAGCAGGUUUCCAUACCCAGUCAGGCUGCUGCUGCAGCAGUUCCCCAGACUGCACCUUCUGCCCCUCCUCCAACCCCAAGUGCUGACACAAAAGCCACACCUGAGAAGAAAGGAGAGAAGAAGGCCAAACCGAAACAGAAGUCUGCUUCGAAGUCGGAAGGCAAGCCGGCGGUGGGGGCGGGUGAUGGCGACGUGGUGGACAUAGGCCUGCUGGAUCUGCGCGUGGGCCGCAUCGUCUCGGCCCAGAAGCACCCAGAUGCUGAUAGCCUAUACGUGGAGCAGGUGGACGUUGGUGAGCCGGAGACGCGUACUGUCGUCUCUGGCCUGGUCAAGUUCGUGCCAGUGGGGCAGAUGCAGAACCGCAUGGCCGUGCUUCUCUGCAACCUGAAGCCAGCCAAGAUGCGCGGCGUGACGUCGCAGGCCAUGGUGAUGUGCGCCAGCACGCCCGACCGCGUAGAGAUCCUGGAUCCGCCGGCGGAGGCGCAGCCAGGCGACAUAGUCACCUGCGAGGGCUUCGUCCGGCGCGCCGACGCCCAGCUCAACCCCAAGAAGAAGAUCUUCGAGCAGGUGGCGCCUGACCUGAAGACAGAUGGCGAGCGGCGCGCCACCUACCGUGGCGUGCGCUGGCAGGUGCCGGAGAAGGGCGAUAUCGUCUCGCAGUCGCUCGCCAACGUCCAGAUAAAAUAGCUUACUUUUUGCUCCGGGUUUCAAGAACAGUGAGACAUUGCGACUGCAUCGGGGCAUGCAUGUUUCGCGACGAAAAUCUGUUCUGCUGUUCUGCUGUUUCUGAAAUCUGUGAACAAUUUGUCUGUGUUGGGAUGCAGGGAGUUUUGGUUUGAGGAUACUAAUGCGUGAUAUUUCAUCAGAAUUUUUUAAAAACAAUAUAUGAAGAAAAUAUCACAAAACUGGUGACAUA